UGAGAGCCUGCGGAGUGAUGCCGACGCGCAGAGCGGAGUGAGAACGCGUCGGGGAUGGCCGACAAACCUCUGCCGCUGUUCAUGAAGCUGUUCGCCGCCGGGUUCUACGGCCUGAGCUCGUUUCUGAUCGUCGUGGUGAACAAGAGCGUCCUCACCAACUACAGGUUCCCUUCUUCAAUAUGUGUCGGGAUUGGACAGAUGUUUGCCACAGUGGUCGUGCUGUGGGUGGGAAAGGCUUCGAGGGUGAUCACCUUCCCAGACUGCGACGAGAGCAUACCUCGCAAGACGUUCCCUCUGCCUUUCCUCUAUGUGGGGAAUCAAAUCACUGGUCUGUUUGGAACCAAAAGGCUGAAUCUGCCGAUGUUUACUGUCCUCAGGAGGUUCUCCAUCUUAUUCACAAUGCUGGCUGAGGGAUUCCUGCUCAAGAAGAAAUUCUCCAGACCGGUCCAGCUGACAGUCUUUACAAUGAUCCUCGGGGCGUUUAUAGCCGCAAGUGCCGACUUGUCGUUUGACCUGCAGGGCUACGUGUUCAUUCUCAUGAACGACGUGUUGACUGCAGCCAACGGAGCCUAUGUGAAGCAAAAGUUAGAUGCAAAGGAGCUGGGGAAAUAUGGAUUGCUGUAUUAUAAUGCAUUAUUUAUGAUCAUCCCCACCAUACUGUUGGCUCAUGUGACUGGAGAUAUGCAGAAGGCUGUGGAAUAUGAUGGUUGGUCGGAUAUGUUUUUCCUCUCCCUCUUCAUCCUCUCUUGCAUCAUGGGGUUUGUUCUGAUGUAUUCCACUGUGCUCUGUACACAAUACAACUCUGCGUUAACAACUACCAUCGUGGGCUGCAUCAAGAAUGUCCUGGUGACGUACAUCGGGAUGGUGUUCAGUGGAGACUACAUUUUCUCUUGGACCAACUUCAUCGGUUUGAAUAUCAGUAUUGCGGGCAGCCUGGUUUACUCCUACAUCACCCUCACAGAGGAGCAGUCCAUCAAAACCAGUGAAAACACCAAGCUGGACAUCAAGGGCAAGGUGGUUGUAUGACAGACACUGGAUUUUAUUUUUUUAAUGCUGAUGAACGAGAAAACUCUAUUUUUCGUACAACUUUUAUUUAUGCAGUAUUUUAGCAUCAGAAGCUGGGGGAUGAUGGGAACGGUGUUUUUGGUGGAAAACUUCUUUCUCUGUUUGUGUGAAAAUGGAUCCACACCGUCACCCUGACUCUCCUCCAGAGGGAUUGUGGGUCUGUGUUUUUUUUUUUUUUUUUUU